UGACGUAAUUCAACUAGGAGCAUCACGACCGAAACAACCAGCACUCUUGAAGAGGGAGAUACUGGCCCUUUAAGGAAAAUGAAACAAUUUUCGAAUAAAAUAACAAACUUUUGAAAGGAUAAACUGGUGUAAAAGGGAAGAUAUAAUUUCGGAGAGGAAUAAGUAUACAAACGACGCGUUUGAGAAUUGAGGAAUGUUGUAAAGGAAAAGGCAUGAUAUCCAGCUAGCUAGUCCGCUUGCAUAGCUAAACAUGGAGGGUAGUGUGAACGAGAACUAACGUUAGCUUUCUUGCUAGCAUUCGCUGAAAAAGAACUGCAUUUUUUUCAAACAAAAGUUGUUUUUCUCGUUAGAGGACGCGUUGCUCGUUGGAUGAGGUAUUUUCCAAAGUGCUAUCGGUUGGACUGCUACUAGAAAUAUGGUCGGCAGUUGGGCGGUAUAUCCAAAACGGCAAACUGCUAGUGCUGGCUAGCUGUAUGCACAACCCGCGUUGAAAAGUUAGAUAAUGUUUGCUGGCCGGUUAUUGAAGUUUUUGUCUUCGUUCAAUUUAGUGAAAUAACGUUGUGCAGUACUUGCAGCGAACGGGAAUUAUAUGUGCUUAAAUAACUGCAAGGCGCGGACUGGCUUGCCAUAGUCAAGCAAUGCGUGGAUCGCACUUGUAGUAGCAGUAACGUUAGCCAGUAAAGUCGCUCUCCGUACAACGUUACGACAAUUUACAAGCUUUUACCAGCAAAUUAAGUUAUGAACGAGCAAAACUACAUCAUGAGACACGGGGGCUUAAUGGAUAUAACUAUAAGCUGCGCAUUCCCAUUCAAAACUUAGUUCAUACAAGGAACAAUGUUUGUGCGGAGCGCACUGUUUCAAAUCGCGACUUCAGCGUUACCUAGCUAUGCUAUAACCUGCAGAAGAUUCGUUAUGAAUCACGAUGUAAAACGAGCUCUCUUUAGUGUUCGGAAUUAAUUAUACGCGUAACGUGGUGAUUAAUUUUGUACUGUGCAGUAUGCCAGAGAUUGCAUAUUGUGCAUGGUUCACCUUUAGUAUGGUUUAGAAGACGCACAGGAAUUUUUUACAUGGAGACUUGUUUGACAUGCCAAGGACGGAGUUACCAUUGCCAGAGGGCUGGGAGGAAGCCCUGGAUUUUGACGGGAAGGUCUAUUACAUUGACCACAUCAAUCACACAACAAGCUGGAUUGACCCAAGAGACAGGCAGACCAAGCCUCUGACGUUUGCUGACUGCAUCGGGGACGAGCUGCCGGUGGGCUGGGAGGAGGCCUAUGACCCCCAAGUUGGAGCCUAUUAUGUGGACCACAACACAAAGAGCACGCAGCUGGAGGACCCGCGCCUGCAGUGGCAGAGGGAGCAGAAGCGCAUGCUGCACCAGUACCUGGACGUGGCACGCGAUGCCCUCUCCGCCCAGAAGGAGCUGUGCCAGGUGAAGGAGCAGCGCCUCCUGCUGGCCCAGCAGGAGUACCGCCAGCUCAACGACGUGUGGAGGGACAAGUCCGCCUCGCAGACCAGCUUGAACUCUAGAUCCUCCUCCAGCAGUAAAUAUGACCCAGACAUCCUGAAAGCGGAGAUCGUAACUGCAAAAAGCCGGGUGGGCAAGCUGAAGAGAGACCUGGCGAAUAUGAAGCAGGAGCUGCAGUACAAGGAGCAGGGCUUCGAAACGCUCAGAGAGAUCGAUCACAAGGUGUCCAGCACGACGUACGGGUACAAUCUGCAGGAGAAGCAGGAGCUGAUGCAGGUGAGUCCUCGGGGGUGGGGGGUGGGGGGGGCUGGUGGGGGGGGGUGUCGCUCUGGGGAGAGGGAGAAGCAGGAGCUGAUGCAGAAACUGGCGGUGCUGAAGGACGGGUUCCAGCUGGACUCGAGCUCGCAGUCGGACCUGUGGGCCAGCAGCUCCUCGCUGGCCGACUCCAGCCUGUCGCUGCCCCGCCUGUACUCGGACGCCGAGUCGCAGACGGACGUCCCCGCGGAGUUGGCCGGAAACACAAACAACAGGUUGGCGGAGAAGGUGCGCUUGAGCCUGAAGUAUGAAGAAGCGAAACGCAGGAUCGCCAACAUCGAGGUGCAGAUCGCCAAGCUGGACAGCGAGGCCUGGCCGGGCCUGCUGGACCCCGAGCGGGACCGGCUGAUCCUGAUCAGCGAGAAGGAGGAGCUGCUGAAGGAGCUGCAGUACAUGCAGCCGUGCGCCCGCGCCCCCUGCCACGCCCAGCAGAUCGAGAGCCAGAAGAGACGGCUGGAGCAGGACCUGCAGGCCGCCCGCGACAGCCAGAGCAAGGCCCUGACCGAGAGGCUGAGGCUCCACUGCAAGAGGAACAAGCUGGUUCGAGAGCUGGAGGAGACGGUCCGCCUGGCGUCCUCCCUGCACACGCAGCUGAAAAGCCUGUCGGCCAGCACGCUGUCCUGCUCCUCGGGCAGCAGCCGGGGCUCCCUGACGUCCAGCCGGGGGUCUCUGGCCACCUCCAGCCUGGGCUCCACGUCGUCCCUCAGCCUGGCGGACCUGUACGCGGACCAGCCCGAGCUGGGCGACCCCGACCUGCAGAGCAAGCUGGACACGCUUCUGCAGGAGGGCGGUCCGGCAGGCUCCUACCGGCCCGCCAGCUCCAUCACCACCAUCCACGAGAACGAGGUGAUCGGGCCGGCGGGCAGGCCGGGGGACCCCGAGGCCCCCCCGCGCCUGCAGCCCCCCCGGCUCCCCGAGACGCCCCGCUCCAUGAGCUCGCUCUCCCCCCGCUCCUCUCUGUCCUCGCUCUCCUCGCCCCCCCGCUCGCCCCUGGGCCCCGACGCCAGCUUCCUGUGCGGCGACGGCGGCAGCGUGUUCGUGGGCGCCGGGGGGGCGGGGCUGGACCUGGAGCUGCAGGCGCGGCUGGUGGAGCUGCACCUGGAGAGCGCCGGACGCUCCCGCCGGUCCGGCUCGGAGGCCGACGCCAGGCAGGACGGCACCACCGGCGCCGCGGACCCAAGCAGAGAUUCUGUUGCACAGUCGCGGGGGGCGGGGCCUGCUCUAAAGAAGGUGGGCGUGACCUCCGCGGUGUCGGACGAAUCGGUGGCCGGGGACAGUGGAGUUUACGAGCCGUCGGAGAAGAGGCCGGGCCCUCCCGCAGAGCCGCCGGUGACCAGAGAAGAUGGCGGCGCUCUGGGCUGUGCUCAGGUCAGACUGGGGCUGAAGUACGAUGUGAAGGAGAAGAGAUUCACGGUGUUCAUCACGCAGCUGGCCAACUGUGCAGCACUCCCCCUGCCACCGGACCACAGCGUGUACGUGCGAUUGGUCCUGCUGCCCUGCUCAGAGACGGCCCGGUGUCUGUUUCGAACCCGAGGCGCCCCGCCCCAGGAGGUGGUGGAGCUGAACGAAGUGUUCGGGGUGCCGGUGGCCCACAAUGCCUUGCGGCAGAAGACCCUGCGCGUUGACGUGUGCUUCACCAGCAGGACUGGCCGGGAAGAAUGCCUGGCUGGUGCUCAGAUCAGCCUUGCUGAAGUGGGCGGUUCUGAGGAGAGGUCCAGUAGGUGGUACAACCUCCUGAACUACGCGUAUCUGCCGGAGCUGCGCGUCCAGCACACCCAGCCGGGGACGUCCACAGGCCAGGACACGAGCCCUCGCCCGGCAACGGAGCCCAUCGCCGUGGCAACGGGCGCGGAGGUCGCCGGGGAGCAGGAGUGGCACGAGGCUCUGGAGGGCCAUGUCUUUGAGGACAGUGAUGCUGAGGGGGAGGAGCUUCUGGAGGAGGAGGAGGAAGAGGAGGAGUCCAAUCCAGACAGCCAAUGGGAAGUGGAAGAGGAGGUGGCCAAGCCGACUCCUGCAGGAGUUAAGAGAGAGAGGGUGAAUAAGGAGACGAGCAUGGAGGAUUUCUCCCGCCCAGCGUCCGUGGUUCGGCCCAAAGAGCGGAGGCCGCCCCCCCAGCAAAACCCCUUUGUGAGGGGCAACACCAUCAUCCGCUCCAAGACCUUCUCCCCCGGGCCGCAGAGUCAGUACAUAUGCAGGAUAAACCGCAGCGACAGCGACAGCUCCACGCUGUCCAAGAAGUCCCCGUUCGUCAGGAACUCCUCAGAGAGACGCAGCGUGAGGAUGAAGAGGACGGCGCUGCAGGCGAAGGGUCUGGACGGGCUGCUGCGGACGCCGCUGGACCUGGAGCUGGACCUGCAGGCGUCGCGGACGCGGCACAGCCGCCUGGCGGAGGAGCUGCGUGUGCUGCGCCAGCUGAAGGAGCAGCUGGAGGAGGCGUGGUCUCAGGGCCGGAGCCGCCUCCCCUCCUGGGUGCAGGAGGACGAGCGAUUCGCCCUCCUGCUGCGGCACGCCGAGAGACGGACUGCGGAAGAGCAGCAGCAGGAGCAGCGGGUGGAGAGGAUGAUGCGCGCGGCCGCCAAGGACGUGCACAAGAUCCGCGGGCAGAGCAGGAACGAGGUCCCCGAGGUGCAGUCCUUCAGAGAGAAGAUGGCCUUCUUCACCCGAGCGAAGAUCAACAUUCCAGACCUCCCUGCCGACGACGUGUAGAAAAGUUCAAGUAUUCUCCAGUCCUAGCUGCUGUUUCCAUGGGGAUGGGACAGACUUCUGGUGGUAUUAUGAAGAAAUGGGAAAAAAAUAUAUAUGUAAAUUAGAAAAAAAAAGUCUCAUUUUAAAACACUGGGUUAUAGAUUUGAAUUGCUAAUCUGUAUAUUUUUUUUAAAUGACUUAUUUUUUUUGUCAUUGUAGCAUUAUUUUACUGUUACUAAUUAGUGUACUUUGUUAGAUGUAAUAUGUUAGCAUAUUCUUCAGAUAGAGACACACACACACACCAGUGCAUGUUAUGUGAAAUAUGAGAAUAACUGGAAGAAUAUUGCUGUGUUGGUAAACGGACCAAACCGUUCUACAAUGUGAAUAUGGACACCAGUGGUACCGGUCCGGUACACACGGCGGGAGGAUGUUGCCUGGAAACCAGCGGCUGCUCCACGCGUGCCGAUGAUGGGUGAUGAUGAUGAUGAUGCGGCUGGAUUAAUGUGGCAUUGCACACGUGCGUGCGGUCUGUCCGUCAGUGAGCCUCAGAGUAGCACCAGCACGCACGUGCUCAGUUCGGCUCUGGGAGGGGGGGGUGGGGGGGAACUGCACUUACCUUCAGCCAAUCUCAGGUCGCCCCGAGGAGCGUGUGCACUUUAAAUGGCCGCGGGGGAACGCGGCACCCCCAGCCCUCGCUAACUGCGCCCCUCCCCGCUGGCUUCAGAAAGGGCGCUCGCGGUUUUCACUCAACCAAUCGGGAAAGCACAGAGCCUCCUCCGCUCACCGGACCCCGGUCCCCCCACCACUUUACGAUCGAAUGUCCAGACUGAUUUUAAACUGACUUUGAUCCGUCUUUACUCUGUCAGGGUGGCGUGUUCUACGCCACUGUUAAUAUUGUGCUCCAGCAAGUGGAGAGCAGCCACAGCACAUAAAAUUACUGCAGUAUCUUACAGUAAUGAACAACUACAAUCUGCCUUUGAAUUGGUGAGAUUAGCUGAGCCCAUCUGAACGUCCCCGGACCCAACACUUCAGUCAAAAGAUCCCCAAGGAUUUUGUUGUGCUUUUUUUUUCAUAUAUAACAAGGAGCUUAAAGUUCCAAUCGGACCCAUCUUCAUAGAGUGCUUACUGACGCAGGAAAUGUAACUGGUGCACUUCACAAAAGCAGCCGUGGAUUGAUCUUGGUGGAUGAGCGAUGAUGUUUAUUUUUCUAGAAGAAUGGGAGGUGUCUGUGGAGCAGUGCUCUGGCUGUGGAACUGGAGCGCUGAACUGGAGCGCAGCCUCUGCGGGGACGUGCAGACGAGAGCAGCCCAUUGGCCGGUCUCGCCGUAGACACUUAAUUAUGUAUGACAGCACAGACGCACAGCAGCAGAGUCCACAAAAUGGAAGAUUUUAUCUGCCAUAAAUUUUUAUCAUGGUUUUUUUAACACCGUGCACUUAACAGUCAUGCCCAUCGUCAAUAUAAUUUACGGACAUAAUCAAUUACAGCGUUUCCUCAGUGGCUGUGAUCUCUUAUUUUUGUGUAACUUGUCUGAUUUGUGCGUUAUCAUUGAAUCGGAUGUUUGACGAUUGUUUUUUGCUUUUCUCUAAAGAAUGUGGAUGAAUGCACUUACUGUCCUUUCUGAUUGUCCUAACAAACUUUUUAUAAUGCUGUUUUCCUGGAGUGAGAUAAUGAAUCCUGUUAAUGUCAUAGCUGAUACACCCUUUUUCAAUUUUAUUUUAAUUUAUUUUUUAUUUUUUGCUUGGUGAGCAGUAUGUUCUGUUCGCCUGGGUCUGUACUGCGUGUAGUUUUGGAUUCAUUUUAAUCUGAUUUGAUCUGCAGCCCCCCCCCCCCCCCGUCCCACAGAAGAUGCUGCUGAUGUUGAGCCUGCUCACGCAUGUCUGGACUGUUUGUGCUCUCAGAGUUCAUCCCGCAGGACGUUCCCUGCUGUUGGAACAGGGUGCUCUGGCGUAUAAUCACCGCGAGGCCCCAGAGCACAAACCGGCCUUCUGUUCGCCUGCGUUUCCAUAGCGGCUCGCUGGCACGGCCUCACCAGCGCGGUGCGCGCCUGCUGCGUUUGUGGAGAAUGUUCUGAUAAACGCCGCCCAAACCGAACUACGUUUCCCACGUUCCCCGGCGGCAGUGCUCUGUCGUCGGGUGAUCUUCUGCGGUACAAAUGUCACCUGGCUGAGUUGCUCGGCAACCGGUUCUGCAGAGGCGCCCAGAUAAGAUCCUGUGGGACCCGUUCCUCUACAGCUGGGGUCUGCACCUGAGACUGCAACGCUGUACUGUAGGCCAGUAUUACAGUACACUACUGUACCUCUACGCUACAGUGCUGUUCCUGUACAGCGUUACAGUCUACAGGUUUUGUUUUUUAUUUUUUUUUAUUUUUUUAAAGAUGAAAUGUUCAUAUACAGGUUUCACGGCACAACUGUUUAGAUAUUCCAGGCAUUUGAUUCCAGUGGUUUUGUCUUGCACAGUCUUGCAGCAGUUUUGUUUUUAAAUAGGAAGCACAAAAAUCUGCUUUUCCCAUCCAGGUCCCCUAAUAAUGCACAAAAGCUUUACUUGUAACCAAAACUCCUUCUGAUCCUCACUCCGACAUAGCAAUACACCCCCCCCCCCCCACACUCCCUCCCGGGCUGUCUGUUCUGUAGGGUACGUCUUCCUCAUAUAACACAUUUAUAUAGAUCUGAAGCAUUGGGCAAAAGGGCAUCACACUACACCAGGGAUCAGCAACUCACGGUCCUCGAGGGCCGAGAACUGCUGGUUUUCCACCCUCCCUUUGCCUGGGAGUCAGGUGUGAAGACAGUCUGGCCAAUCAGUAGCACUAAUUACCCGGGAGCAAAGACAACUAGGUCUGGAUUUCGAUUCGAGGGCCAGAGUUGAUGAUCCCUGCACUACACCAAUGUUUUUCAGACACUGUGUGCGUUCGUGCAUGUGUGUAUGUGUGUGUGUGUGUGUGUGUGUGUGCGCGCGCGCAUGUGUGUGCCUGCUUGUGUUUCUCUCCCUGUUCUGUUCCCAGUGUAAAGAACCGCAUGUCCAGGUUCCCACUGCAGGGGGCGCACUUUACUGUGUAAGAAACCUUACGGCUGCAUCUUGCUUACGUUUGGAAUUUCUUCAGAAAUUCAUCUUAGGAAAUCUUAACAUGUCAUUUUAUGCCUUUUUAGAGGAUUACCUUGAUUCAAGGUACAAAAACAUUUAGCCUGUUUAAGGGGUGUACCACUGUAGGCCAAUAUUCUUUUUAAGAAUGUUAAACUUGUUUCUACAUUGAAAACAGAUGUGAAUAUGAUAUAGAAUACAUCAGAAAGCAGUAGGCAAAUUUUAUUUUUUUUCCCCCACUUGAGAGUCUGGGUUAUAUUGUUUUUAGUCGAGUGUUACCUGGGGAUAUUUUAUUGUGGCGGUACUGGGAAUAAAAAUGUUAAAGAAAGUCUUACAUUAGGACUUUAGGGAUUAGAAUGUAUAUGAAGCAUGAUUACAUGUGAUUAAUGAAACGUGUCUUGAUUGACUAGGCGCUCUGUAAUGCUGAAUCUAAGGCUUGGGCUUAAUGUGCUUAUGUAACUCUUGGCAUGUUUGUUGUUGAUGAAACUCGCAGGCGGUAAUAAUCACACAGGUUUAUGUACGUUUUCCUUUCGAGCGAUCGAGUGUCCUGACCUCUGGAAUCCACUGUAGCCGUCGUCAGAUGAAUGAUCUGUGUCACGCGGUCUCCAACUUUGAUCGUUUGUUUUGAAGUUCAAGUAUUUUUAUUUUUAAUUUUUGUUGUUUGAUUUUGAAUCUGUUGUAUUAAAAGAUGGCGAUGAUCCUGAUCUUUAUAUUGUGAUGGUUGGUGAGACUCGGCAUGUAUUUAUUGCACUUUUGUGAUUUGGGUGUACUCUCUGUUCUUAUUUUCCCAUGAGACUUUUCAAAGCUGUGAAUUUAACAUUUGACACUGCUAUGUGGACCAGCAUUGUAAAUAUUUCACUAGCACAAGAACAUGUUUUGUAGUUUCACAACAAAUAUAUGAAGUGUUUUUUUUUCUUCUA